CCCAAUUUCGUAUUUGAUUUUGUGUCGUUUAAAUAAACAGACCUCCCUAAAAAAUCCCCAGUGACUAUGAAUUGUAAGCUACGUCGCCUGGAUCUCCUGCGAAAUGCCCAAAAAUCGGAUUGUGAGCUGCAUGUGUGGUAUCAGGACAAGGUUAAGGGUGAGCCCUCCCAGAGAAUCUUCCGUUGCCACCAGGUGAUGCUCAUUUCUUCCUCCGAGGAGUUUGAGCGGUUGAUAAGGGAUACCGAAUUUCAGAAGAACAAGGGUGUAAUCAAAGUGGAUGAUGCCUCUCCCUCUGCCUAUGAGGCCUUGCUCCUUUAUAUCUACACCUACGAGGUCUGCAAUGCAGUCACCAUCGACAUGUGUGGCGAUCUUAUGCUGCUGGCUCAACGGUACAAUAUGCUGGACUUUUUCGACUGCUAUAUAGACAAACUGGCCCGUCAGGAUUGGCCAAUGGAGGUGGUGCUGCAAAUAUUUAAUCUGGCCAGUGAGCACAAUCAUCUGGCAUUAACAGAUCUGGUGGCUAAGAAAAUUCUACCCAUAGCCACCCAAGUUCUUACAGACAAUUCCUUCCUGACGUUAAGCGUAAAGGAUCUCAAGGCUUUGAUGACAAUACUAAAAAAAGAACAAAUUCUUUCCGAUCUGCAAUUGCUUACAGCGCUUCAAAACUACCAGGAGGUAAACAAUCUGCGCUACGACAACAUGGAGCAGUUCCAGCUCUUUGUGGAUGUGACCCACUUGUUUAACGACGUACUCUUCGAAGUCGAUGGCACUUUAGUUCUGCCCGUGGAGGAGGAAAUAAUAAUAAGAGAAAACGAGUCGGUUACCUCGGAGGCCGAAAGAAAUAGUUUGUAAAACAAAAAGAUUACAUAGCUAGAGGGAUCAUUUAUUGGAGAGUGGGGAAAAAACAAACAAUCGGAUUCGGAGCGGCUUACAUAAUAAAUACUAUCAAUAAUAUUAAUACCCGAAAGGGCCGA